AUGCCAGAUGUUAGCGAUCGGUCUGCAUGCUCAGCUUUUGGAAAUGGCUCUGUGCAACUCACUGGAGCUGAAGACAAUGAUGCUGAUAUCGACGAGUAG